AUGCUACUCCAGUUUCCGAGCGUCUUUGGCGCGGACAAAUAUACGUAUCGGACAUUGGCUACCCGGCCUCGGGUCUUCCGCCUUGUUAAGCUCCUUUCUCCCGUAAAACAUCUCUUGCCGACCUUUUCAGAUAUAGUACGUGUUGAGAUAGUCGAAGCCGACCUGGACGAUACCUCACUUACUCAGUAUGAGACACUCUCUUAUAACUGGGCCGUUCCCCCUGAAGCACAGCCAAAUCGGCCGGUGAUUGUCGACACAGCCGGCAAGCGCCAUAUUUUGUGGAUUCAUCGGCCACUUGAAGAAGCACUGCACAGCAUAUCCGCUAAUCGAUUGACUGAUUUUCCCAUGUUCAUUGAUCAAAUAUGCAUUGAUCAGUCGAAUAUGAAUGAGAAGGCGGUUCUUGUCCCGCUCAUGGGGGACAUAUACACACAAUGUCGUCGAGUUAUUAUCUGGUUAGGUACCCCGACCAUUCUAUCUGACAAAUUCUUCGAUAACGUGAAGGAACUGAAUCAGGAAGGCGUCAUGUCCCGCUUGAUAGGCCCGAACAAGUCCCACUGGAUGGAAGUCUACGAUGCGGUGACGGAACCCAACCCUGCCACCAAACUGACAGGGGUGAAGGAGGAGGAUCAAGAUGAUCUUCUGCGACUGGUUAGCCUCUUCAAAGACCGAUUCUCACACCAGAUGUGGAUUGACGUCCUCCAGAGGCCAUGGUUCAAUCGUCUUUGGAUCAUCCAGGAAGUCUGCCUUGCGCCGGACGUGACGUUCCUUUGCGGAUCCAAAGCGCUGUGUUUCGAAUGUUUCCGUUGUUCAUGUGCCUUCUUUCCCAUAUACAAUGGAACUUGGAUGAAGACAGAGACUCGAGUCGUGUCUAAAGCGGAGUUCAAUAGUGUAACACUCGUUUACGAGUUGCUGCAAUCCUUCCACCGGAUCUUUCGAGAACGAAAGGCCAUUCAUGAGGCAGGGCAGAAACAUAACUAUUACGACGUCGUGCUCAAGUACAAUGUGAUUUAUCGAGACACUCAAGGCAUCAAGAUUGGUUGCUCGAAACCCGAGGAUAGGCUUCUGGGGGUGAUGGGUCUGGCUGACCGGGAUGAUGUUUAUAGCCGACUCAAAGUACUCUGUUCCGAAGCUGAGGGCGACACGAGGCCCUGCGAGCAUGUCUAUGUCGACUUCGCUUCAAUAGCAGUAAGUCAAAACACGGAUCUACUAUCAUUCUCGCAAUUUCCCAAGAGUGCUCUGAAUUUGCCCUCUUGGGUGCCGGACUGGUCAGUCGAUCUAAAGCUGCCUCACGGAUAUCUGAGCCUUACGCAGCCAGUCCAUGCUGCUGGUGGAUUAAUGCCAGAUAUACCUCCUAGGAUUGAUAGAGCGACCAGACAGCUUUCAAUUUCUGGCAUUGUUAUUGGGAAGAUUUCACAUGUUGGAAAGUGUGUGAUCAUUGAAGAUAUAGAGAGACCGCUUCAUAUAAGCCAGCUGGAUUAUACGUCGGUGAGGCGAUUCUACAAAGAAGCAGAUGAGAUCUUGUCAAGAGCUGGCAGUAUGGCUAACUGCCCAUUUUCCAAAUAUUUAGAGGCAGCUUAUCGCAAUCAAGUUGCGGUGAGGCUCUCUGAUUUCGGCCUUACCAUGAGGUAUAUGGCUGACAAGUAUGGAUAUGCCCCCGCUGUAGCUUGUUCUGAGCUCGAAAAUAUCUACGAACAAGUUUCCAUCUGGGGCCAGAAGCUCAUCGACAUACAAGAGAUUAUUCAAUCCUACUCCCUUCCGCGUAUUAUAAAGACGGUCGGUAUAGCACCUUACUACUGGAUUCCAUCUAGCGAGACAGACGUGAUCCAUCUUUGUGCUACCGAUCCCAUUGCCGCGGCUAAGACCUGGCUGCUCGGUUUGUCAGAUUUCGUUAUGGACAUCAUUAGCGUCUGCAUCAACUCUGUUCGCGUUCAGUGGACCGCCAGGUGGCUGUCCUUCAUGCGCAGUAGACGUGGAUUCACAUUCGACAAUCAGCCGAGUUCCGAUGGCAGUAGUCGUGAAGAAACUGUGAAGAGAAUGGGCGUGGACCCCGAGAUUGUCUUCGGAACAGGAUGGUCAGUCUACUCAGAUUUUAUGUUUCGGAAUGCUGGUCGCAAGUUGUACAUGACUGAAGACGGUUACGUUGGUGUUGGACCGGAAAAUAUGAAAGAAGGUGACUUUGUCGUCAUCUUGCAUGGUGCGACUGUGCCAUAUGUUUUGAGUCCAGAAGUUCCUUUCCGGAGUGCCAAGGAUAUGAUUUGGGCUUAUAUAGGCGAGGCAUAUUGCGAUGGAGUGAUGGAGGGGCAGUUACUGCAGACAGAAAGAGAAUCGGUUGUCUUCAGUAUUCAAUAG